AUGGAGCUGAAAUCCAUCCCUGAUUUUGCACUGACUGAAGAUAGUGUAAUCACUCCUUUGUGCCAAAAAGGAUAUUUUCCCUGUGGGAAUAUGACCAAGUGCUUGCCACGUGCUUUUCAUUGCGAUGGUGUGAACGAUUGUGGGAAUGGUGCUGAUGAGGAGAACUGUGGGGACACUAGUGGAUGGGCGACUAUAUUUGGCACAAUCCAUGGAAAUGCUGAUAAAGUGGCAUUCACCCAGGAGUGCUUUCUAAACCAGUAUCCACCACAAUGUGACUGCAAAGAAACAGAAUUGGAGUGUGUGAACGCUGACUUAAAGUUGGUGCCACCCGUUUCCAGCAACGUAACGCUGCUGUCUCUUAAGAAAAACAAAAUUCACAGUCUGCCAGAUAAAGUUUUCAUCAAAUACACAGAACUUAAAAAGAUAUUUCUUCAGCAUAAUUGCAUCAGACACAUAUCCAGGAAAGCAUUUUUUGGAUUACAUAAUCUGCAAAUAUUAUAUCUCAACCACAACUGCAUUACAGCCCUCAGACCUGGAGUAUUCAAGGACCUGCAUCAGCUAACUUGGCUAAUUCUAGAUGACAAUCCAAUAACCAGAAUUUCACAGCAGCUAUUCACUGGAUUAAAUUCCUUGUUUUUUCUGUCUAUGGUUAAUAACUACUUAGAAGCCCUUCCCAAGCAGAUGUGUGCCCAAAUGCCUCAACUUAACUGGAUGGAUUUGGAAGGCAAUGGAAUAAAGUAUCUUACAAAUUCUACCUUUCUGUCAUGCGAUGCACUCACUGUUCUGUUUCUGCCUAGAAAUCAAAUUGAUUUUGUUCCAGAGAAGACAUUUUCUUCAUUAAAAAAUUUAGGAGAACUGGACCUGUCUAGCAAUAUGAUAACGGAGCUACCAACCCAUAUUUUUAAAGACCUGAAGCUUCUACAAAAACUGAACCUGUCGUCCAACCCGCUCUUGUAUCUCCACAAGAACCAGUUUGAAAGUCUUAAACAACUUCAGUCUCUAGACCUGGAAAGGAUAGAGAUUCCAAAUAUAAACACACGCAUGUUUCAGCCCAUGAGGAAUCUUUCUCACAUUUAUUUCAAAAACUUUCGAUACUGCUCCUAUGCUCCCCAUGUCCGAAUAUGUAUGCCAUUGACUGACGGCAUUUCUUCAUUUGAGGACCUCUUGGCUAACAAUAUCCUCAGAAUAUGUGUCUGGGUUAUAGCUUUCAUAACCUGCUUUGGAAAUCUUUUUGUCAUUGGCAUGAGAUCUUUCAUUAAAGCUGAAAACACGACUCACGCUAUGUCCAUCAAAAUUCUUUGUUGUGCAGACUGCCUGAUGGGUGUUUAUUUGUUCUUCGUUGGCUUUUCUGACCUAAAAUACCGUGGGCAGUACCAGAAGUAUGCAUUGCUGUGGAUGGAGAGUUUGCAGUGCCGCCUCAUGGGCGUCCUGGCCAUGCUGUCCACUGAAGUCUCUGUCCUGUUGCUGACAUAUUUGACUUUGGAGAAGUUCCUGGCCAUUGUCUUUCCCUUCAGUAACAUUCAUCCUGGAAAACGGCACACUUCACUCAUCCUCAUUGGCAUCUGGAUUGUGGGAUUUUUAAUAGCUGUGAUUCCAUUUUGGAAUGAUGAUUAUUUUGGAAACUUUUAUGGAAAAAAUGGAGUAUGUUUCCCACUUUAUGAUGAUCAAACUGAAGAUAGUGGAAGUAAAGGGUAUUCUCUUGGAAUUUUCCUAGGUGUGAACUUGCUGGCUUUUCUCAUCAUUGUCUUUUCCUAUGGUAUUAUGUUCUGUUCCAUUCAUAAAACGGCCUUGCAGACUUCGGAAGUGAGGAGUCACAUUGGAAGAGAGGUGGCUGUUGCAAACCGUUUCUUUUUUAUAGUGUUCUCUGAUGCCAUCUGCUGGAUUCCUGUGUUUGUAAUUAAAAUUCUUUCCCUCUUCCGAGUGGAAAUACCAGGCACAAUCACUUCCUGGGUAGUCAUUUUUUUCCUGCCAGUGAACAGCGCCUUGAACCCCAUCCUUUACACACUCACAACCAGCUUCUUCAAGGACAAGUUGAAACAGCUGCUACACAGGCAUCGGAGAAAAUCGAUUUUCCAAACUAAAAAUAAAAGUUUGUCUACAUCCAUUGUAUGGACAGAUGACUCCUCUUCCCUUAAACUUGGGGUUUUGAACAAAAUAACUUUUGGGGACAGUAUAACAAAACCAAUGUCCUAG